CUUGUGUUGAAUUCAAAACAAAACAAUACUUUUGAUCGUUGUUUGCAUUCAUUGUAAUCUCAGUUUGCAUUCACUUACCACUCGCUCCCGAAGUAAUUGUCGUCAAAGAAGUCACACAACGAGUCGGACGCCAUGUUUGAGGACACGGAUGAGUCCGGCGGUGAUAACAACGUCGACGAAGACUUUUACGCCUUUCUCAAUGUCUCCAAACAGGCGACCAACGAUGAGAUUACACGCGCCUACAAAUCGAUGUCCAAACGUCUCCAUCCGGACAAACACAUGGAUCCGGAGCUCAAGAAAGAGGCGGAGAUUCUGUUCAACAAAAUGAAGAAAGCAUACGACGUGCUCAUUGACCCCCACAUGAGAGCCAUUUACGACACUAUCGGCACCAAAGGUCUGGAGACUGAGGGCUGGGCUCUGAUGGAGAAGAAGAAGUCGCCGCAAGAGAUACGCGAAGAAUACGAGCGAUUGACUGAGGGCUGGGCUCUGAUGGAGAAGAAGAAGUCGCCGCAAGAGAUACGCGAAGAAUACGAGCGAUUGGUCCGCGAGAAAGAGGAGCGCCUUCUGCAGCAGAGGACGAACCCGAAGGGCACUAUCAGUGUGCAGAUCAACGCCACGGAUCUGUUCGACCACUACAGCGACUGGGAGGCCGUGUACUACCCGUCCAUUGAGGUCUCGUCGAUGUCUAUCUCGCAGUCCAUCGACGCGCCGCUCACUCUGAAAGACACGAUGACUUUGUCGGGAUCGCUCACAUCACACAACGGCACCGGACAGGGAACUGUCGCCACAUCCCUGCGACACGUGAUCUCAGCCAAGACGUGGACCGAAGUGGAGUUGGCUGCAGGACAGGGACCCGUCAUUACACUCAAAGGCUUCCGCAACUUCACGAAGAAAAUGCACUCAAACUGUCAUAUUUUGCUGCACUUUAGUCCUAUCGGUAUCCGACCGGGACUUCAAUGCGUGUUGAGCCGUCAUUUAGAUAAGCAUUUAAUCGGUUACAUCACACUGAAGGCCGGCAUCCAGUCGUGCAUCAAUACGAUGGUGGCCUGGGAUUCACAGCGGGCGCGGGUUAUCUGUUCCGUUCAGUUAGGCUUUCCUCACUGCUUCCUAACCACCAGUUAUUUACAUAAAUUGGAGGAAAACGACACUAAACUCAAAGUUGCCGUAAAGGCCGGUACUUUUGGCGCUGUAGUUGAGUACGGCUGCGAAACCCGACUCUCCAAACAUAGUAUAAUCGGUGCCUCCAUUUCAAUAGGCGUUCCGUCCGGUGUUUCGCUGCGUUUGAGACUAAACCGCGCGAAUCAGUCCUACAUUUUCCCCAUACUAUUGAGCGACGAAUUACUGCCAAACGCCAUAUUUUACGGAACAGUUGCGCCACUCAUUAGUUUCUAUUGUCUCAAGACUUUUAUUAUAAAUCCGUAUAAUAGGCGUCAGUCCGAGAAAGAGAGGGAACGGAUGCGGACACAGAAUAAGACUAAAAUCGUUGAGCGACGCAAAGAGGCUGAGUCUGUGAUUGCACUCAUGAGGGAGUUGUACGCCAGGACUGUGGAAAGGGAGACCGCUAAGAAUGGACUGCUUAUAACACGAGCUCUUUAUGGUAAUGAGUCGGUUAUUCAACGCUUCAAAGACGGCGAAGAAUUGUUGCCAUUGGAUGAGGAGGCGUUUGAUGUGAUGCUACCCCUCCAGUGCUUAGUUAAUACGGACUCUACGUUAACCAUAACCGAUGCCAGUAAAGCACAGUUACCCGGCUUUUACGACCCCUGUAUGGGUGAAGACAAGAAACUGUUUAUUAGGUAUAAAUUUAAUGAUAAUAUUCAUGAGAUUCUGGUCGAUGACAACCAGUCGGUGAACAUACCAUCAAAAGCACAUCUUCAAAGUUAG